GGCCCCAGUCUCGCGUAGCCAGAGCCCGGCCAGGCGUGGGCCGGGGCAGCUGCUGGGACCUUUCCAGGCUCCUGCCCCCCUUGCAGGACGCGGAUUUGUCUGCCCCGCCCCCGGGUUUCACCUCCCCGCAGAGCUGCUCGCUUCCACAACCAGACACCACCGGCAGGGCCGCAGCCAGGCCAGUGCUGAGCACCAGCUUCUGUUCUCGUUCCUAGCGCCUCCGUCUCACCUACAGCACCCGUCGCACGUGCGUGUCCGCGUGCACGGUCCUGGUGCGAGGUCUCAGUCUAGUGCUUUUUCUGGAGCCUGUUGUAAAACCAGGCAAAUCUCCAGAUGAGCUGAUGGACCCGCGCAAGACCUCUCAGUACCCCCGGGGUGCACCUACCCCUGGCUGAGAUCCACCGGCAUAUAACCCCGGCCAUAAGGAGUGUGGUCGGGGUGGGGGUCACUGGUCCGGGCCCAGCCAGCUCAGUCCUCAAUCAGGCAGCUCUGACCGGCUGGCUGGGCUUCUCAGAAGAAGCCAAUAAAUUAGCAGAUAAGAGGAGCCAUUGGGUGCUGGGUGGGGAUUUCACAACACUUUUGAUAAGGCGUCUCCAUAAAAAGCUGUCCGGGAAAUGAGUAACCCCUGGUAGGAGGGGAGCCUUGUGGUGUGUUGGCCGCUGGGGCGAAAGGGAGCCGUGGUGAGCAGCAGCUGGCCUGUUUGGAUAGAGGUUAAUAGUGGGUGACUUGUUUGGGUGCGGGGCCCUGGGCUGUCCCAUGGCUGGGUGAAUUAUUUAGAGGAGGGAGUGACUGCGGGUACAUGAAAUUCACCAAGGACCCUAAGGUGUGUGAGAGGCUCAGCUCCAGGACUUGCCGGGAGGGAACUCAGGAGGUGUUGGGGACCUUGAGUGGUGCUGGAGUCUCAUCUUACGAGCUGUCUGGCUGCCUCCCAACCGUAAGGAAGCAUCUCCUGAGGCUGCAGAGAAGCCCGAGAAAGGCCAAAGCGAUGGCUGGUUGUGGGGAUCCCUGCUCCGGCGGCUCUGGACUCCUCCUUGCUCUUCGCCUGGCAUAGCUCGGGCUGUUGGGAGCGAUUCGGUUUUGGAUCCACCAGCCUAUCAGGGUGAGAGGAUGGCUGCCUCCGUGAUGGGCCAGGCCGUGCUCACUCACGUGCUGGUGGCCCUUUUCGGAAUGGGCUCCUGGGUCUCCGUGAACUCCUUGUGGGUGGAGCUCCCCGUGGUGGUGAAGUGGCUUCCAGAAGGCUGGAAUCUCCCUGCCUACCUCUCGGUCCUCAUCGCCCUGGGGAACGUGGGCCCCAUCGCCGUCACCCUGGCCCACAAGCUGGCGCCAGGGCGGCUGAAGGAGCACUGGGUCAUCCAUGCCAUCCAGGUGCUGGGCGUGGUGGCGGCCCUCUUCCUGGCUCUCUUCUGGCACCGGACGGCGACAGUGGCGGGGGAGCCCCACAGCCUGGCCUUCCUGCUCCUGGCCUUCCUCCUGGCCUUGGUCUGCUGCACCUCCAACGUCACCUUCCUGCCCUUCAUGUACCGCUUCCCCCAGCCGUUCAUCCGCACCUUCUUCGUGGGCCAGGGCCUGAGUGCCCUCUUCCCCUGCGUGCUGGCGCUGGCCCAAGGGGUGGGCAAGCUGGAGUGCCGCAACGCCACCUCCGGCAACGGCUCCCAGCCCCACUACCUGCAGGAGAACUUCCCCGCGGACACCUACUUCUGGCUGAUGUCCGCCAUGCUCGCUGUCUCGGCACUCGCCUUCCUGGGGCUGAUCCUGCAGCGCCGCCGCACCAGCAGCGCCGCCGCCUGCCAGGAGAGCGCUUCCAAGGGCAGCGUGGAGACGGAGGAGUCCUUCCCGCUGCAGGACGGCACCCCCACGUCGGACAGCGCCACGGAGAUCGCCAAGGGCGCCCACCCCCCAGCCCAGCCCGCCUCCUUCUGGACAGGCCGGAACAUCUACCUGCUGGUGCUGCUGGGCGUCUCCAACGCGCUGACCAACGGCGUGCUGCCCUCGGUGCAGAGCUACUCCUGCCUGCCCUACGGGAGCACGGCCUACCACCUCUCCGUGGUGCUCAGCAACAUCGCCAACCCCGUGGCCUGCUUCGUCGCCAUGUUUGUGCUCUGCAGGUCAGUGGUGGGCUUGGGCGUCAUCUCUGUGCUGGGAGGCGUCUUUGCGGCCUAUCUGAUGGUGCUGGCCGUGCUCAGCCCCUGCCCUCCCCUGCUGGGCAGUGCCGCAGGAGUCGCCCUGGUGGUGCUGUCCUGGAUCCUGUUCCUGGGCCUCUUCUCCUACCUCAAGGUGGUGAUCGGCAGCCUGCUGCACGAGGCCGGCCACGCAGCGCUGGUGUGGUGUGGAGCGGUCAUCCAGGCGGGCUCCCUGGUGGGCGCCCUGGCCAUGUUCCCCCUCGUCAGCAUCUAUCACCUCUUCCGGAGCGGGCAGGACUGUACCGACAGCUGCGGGGCAUGAGCGGGGCAGGACACAGCGGCCCCGGGGCGGCUCUGCCCGGCUGGAACUGGCAUCAGCUGGCCUCUGCCUUCGGGACCUAAGAAUUGCUGUAGAGGGUCAGAGCGCUGGGCCGGCUCGUCCCGCGGCUCCUGGCCAGUAGCUGAUGCUUCAGAGGAGAAGCCCGUGGUGCCCCAGGCCAGCUGGGAGCCUUUGCUCUCCCCUGCUGCUCGGAGCAGGCCUGUGGGCCGGUCACACUACCGUACGGACCAGGCGCCAGGAGGCCUGCCCAGCCCUGCUGCUUGGGGAGAGGGGUAGCAACCCUGCCUUGCGGCCUGGUUCCCUGGGGCUGGCAGCUGCUGCACUCGUGCUUCUCCGGCAGAGUUUAGGACGCACUGAACUGGGGCUGGGGUGGGGGGGCCCUUCGCUGGCGCUGCUGCCACUGUCCGAAUGUCAGAGCUGGGGGCCCCUGUGGCGCAGGACUAGGCUCCAUGGGGUCCCCCUCCCACAGCAAUGGCUGCUGACUGGAUGGAGCCGCUGGGCGCCCUUCUCCAGCGCCGUUCCACUCGCUGCACAGCUGCCCCCGCCCCCGCCCAGUGCUCUCAGUACACGUUAACCCUGGGCGGCCCUGCUCCGGCCCGCGGUCCCCCCAGCACCUGGGCAUCUGGCGGGCGGGGACCUGCCAGCCUGCGGCUGGGCUGCCCUGCGUUCGAUACCCUCUGUGCUGUGGUAGCCCCCAGGGAAUCCUGCCCCUGCUCACUGCAGAGCCAACACUUAGCAGGGGGAGCCCGGGGAGGGGCUGGUCUCUGACCCCAGCCAUUGCAGCCUGUGCCCCAGAGCUGGGGUCUGUGCCCCGCCUUCAGGGUGGAUCCCGGAUGCCCCGCCAGCCCCAUGGUUCACUCCCAGCAGCCUCUUCUCCAGCACAGGAGCUGGUCGGCCUCAGCCCAGGGAGUUUAUCUUGGCAGGACAAGGGGCAAGCAGCUGCCUGGCCCUCUGCAGGUCUGCAUGGCUGCUGCCUGCCAUGGGUGGGCCCGGGCUGGGGCGACACACUGCAGCAGGGGGACGGGGGUUCCUCACUGCGUGGGGGGGGAGGUGCUCUGUUCCCUGAGCAGCCUGGGACCAAAGCCAGCAGGGAACCCCCAGCCUUGGGGGGUCUCCUAAGCCAGGCCCGUAGGCGCAGGGUGGCACGCACAGCCUGGCUAGUGCCGUGUCACCUCUGCAGGCCCUGGCGCAUGCUGCCCGGUGUGCUCAGGCCGCUGCCUCUCACUGGCUCCUGCUGGGCUCCACGGGGCUGGGCGGGCGGCGCCGUAGAACGAUGGUGAUUUCGUGUAGACGCCGACUCCCCUCCGCCGUGGGCCACGGAGGGGUGGAGCAGGAAUAAAUCUUAUCCCACUCACUGGGGCUUGGCGCUGGUGUGCCUGGGCAGGGGCUCCGGCCUGGGGCCACCGCGUCCCCCUGGGAGGGCCGGAGCCAGCUGCGUGGCUGCAGGGCUAGCGAGUCAUGGCGCCGUUCUGGGGUGGGUCACUUGGUGAUUCCCUGUUCUGUUCGCUCCCCCGGGGCACCGGGCUCCGGCCCCUGUUGGCUGCCAGGACACUGCUCUGACGCAGUCUGGCCGUUCUCAUGCAGCUACUGGGGCGUGAGCCUGCCCCGGAGAGCCCCCGGGCAGGUGGCUCCUGGCCCAGGGAGGGCUGCAGUUGUGUGGGGGCCCCGGGCAGGCAGGAAGCCUGGCUCCAGGGGGGUGCAGUACACCCCCAGCAUGGCCCAUGCGGCUCCGAGUGCUCCCCGGUUAGUGACGCCCAGGGGCAGCACCGUGACCUGCUCUGGGCCUUGGGUGGGUCUGGCUGCUGAGCGUCAGGAGCUGUCUGUGCAGAACAGGGCUCCCUUUGUCCGUGCAAUGGAUGGAGCUGCAGGCGGCAGCCGUGCCGCACCACGAGGGUGUGGGCCUGUGGCCGGCUCCUGGAAUGCUCCGCAGCCUUCAGAUUGCUACAGCCUCUGGCCAAACCACAGCUGCUCUCCACACGCCCGCGUGAUCUCGGAGCACACGAGGCUCUGCCGGGCCUGGAGCCAGGCAGCAGGGACACAGGGAGGCCAAGUGGUGGGGGCUGUGUGUCCUGGAGAGCUAGUGCUAGAGGGGAGCUCCGGGGAGCUGGGCUGGCUCCAGACGGGAGGGAGGCUGCAGGACAGCGG